AAAGAGAUAAAGGGGCAGAUCUAAAUAAACUGAGUGUAUAACACUGUGAAGAUAGGGUCUGUGGACAGAGCAGGAGCAAAGACAGUGAACAGGAACCAUGGGCUCUCCCAUCUGUCUUAUGGUGUUCUUCCUUUUGGCUGCUGAGUCUGUACAUGGACAGGACAGGUAAAUGUUUCAACAAUAUCUUCAUGAAACAUUUUACUGUGCAAUAUCAGUGCAUUCCUGUGUCCUGUAUGUGCACGUAUAUUUGUAUACUUUUACUUAUGUUUUAGCAUUGCACUGUAAAACAUUAUUCAGGUGGUUAGUAAAUUAUACUUGAAACUAUAUUUAUUUUGACAUAAAAAAACGUAGUUGUCAUCUUUACUUCAAUAAUAUAAUUUGUACUUUAUUUCACUUGUUUAACCAACCCCUCCCCCCCCAAAAAAAAUGAAUUCAGCAUAAGAUAAAUGCAUAAUCUAAACAACUGUUUGUGUGUAAAAACAACUACAAGGAAAAUUGUGUUUAACUUACUCAAUUUUCAUAAUAUUUCCUUUCAACUUAAGAACUUUAAGUUCUUCCAACAACUUGCCAUGUGGCUCUGUUUUUAAAAAAACCUUUACGAUACUUUUACACAAUGUUGUAUGCAUGUUUGAAGAAUGAAAAGCACAUUUCUAUAUUAGUAUUUGUUAUGCUAUGAGGUGUAAUGGAUCACGAUGAACGGAUAUCAAAACCGUCGGCCAAAUUGACAUUCAAUGAUGUGACCACCCAUUCUCACUAUUAGUAAGAUCAUCCGUGCCACUCUUGACAAAGGCAAAUACAUCAAUCUACAACGCUUGCAGCUUUACCUCCAGUUAGUGCUAGUGGAACGAGCACUGCGCUCAACAAUUCCUGCUAUAGUGGAUAAAAAUGUCAAGCGAUGAAAUACAUAAAGCCAUGUUUAACACUAAGACACAAUCAAUAAAAGUAACUAAUCAGAAAGAUUAAGUAGAUCGAAUGUACAAUAACAGUUCUGGAUUUGAUCAAAUUGAGUUGUCUCUUAGCCAUUUUUUUUAUACUGGACUUAAUAUAUUAGUGUUUGUGAAACACUAAAAGGUAAGUAUAUUAUACGUAAAAAUACCUCAUGUUGGAAAUCCUCAAAAAGCUGAUGAAAAUAGUUUCCAAAUUUUUUUAAAGUGGAACUUGCACAAUAUUUUCUACAGUGUGUGAUGUCAAUAUUCCAGUUGUAUUCUAAACUAAUGUUUCAACUCAGAUUAAUCUGACUACUUCAAUGCCUCUGAAUGACUUGCACAUUUAGCAUUUUGAUAUACUGGUGUUCAACGAACAUAAAACAUCUUUAGGCUUUUGUCUCUGACCUUAAAGUGAUACUUUAGAUACUAGACUGUUAAAAGUAUUAGGUGGUUGAUUCUAAAUGCUACCUUCUCUCGGCUAUACAGGUUCUUUAUCUCAGCUCCCAAUGUGUUCCAUGUGGGGGUGAAGGAGCGUGUUUAUGUCCAGCUGGGUAAAGCCCUCCUGAAAACACGUGUUACCCUCUACCUGGAACAUGAGAUAACUAGAGAAGUGAUAUCUCAAAAGAACAGCACUGUGUGUACUGAGGAGGUACCGAUCCAAACUGUGGAACUAGAGGUAUGACUUAGUGAGACUUGACUAGAUAAAAUAAGUGACCAUACAGACAGACUAAAGAGACGUCUCCAUAAACAAGAAAUAGGAGAAGCAGUAGUAUUGGUUAUCAUUUAAGUUUCUUCCCCACCUUGCAGGUAGACAGGGACAAACUGCCCACCUUUGUGGAUAUUCCCUAUCUUAUGCUGGUGGCUGAGAUGGAAGGGAACAAAAACAGAGAGAUGGUGAGGGUCUUAGUCUCCCAACACAGAGGCUACAUCUUCAUUCAGACUGACCAGCCUGUCUACCACCCUACACAGCAAGGUAGAUCUGCAGUCUACAUGAAAUAGAACCCUGCUCUUAAAGGGAUACUUUGGGAUUUUGGCAAUUAUCUACUUCCCCUUUAGCCACUUCCCCAGAGUCAGAUUAACUAGUGGAUACCAUUUGUAUGUCUUUGUGUCCAGUAUGAAGGAAGUUAGAGGUAGUUUUACGAGCCGAUGCUAACUAGCGUUAGUGCAAUGACUGGAAGUCUAAGGUAUCUGCUAGGAAACCCAUAUACAUCUGACUCUGGGGAAGUAGAUAAAGGGCCUCACUGCCAAAAUCUUGAAGUACAACUUGAAUAUUGGUAAAUGUGGUCAAAAUACAGAUACUACUUUUGCAAAGGUUUACAAUGAAGAUAAUUUGUAGCGUACAAAAAUAUUAUGAUUUUAAUUUUUUUUACCAGUGAGAUACAGGAUAUUUACCCUAAACCACUCAAUGAGGCCCCAUGAUGAAAAUGUUCAAAUCUCUAUUUUUGUGAGUACAAACUUUUAAUUUCUGACCACAUUCCUUUGUUACAUUUCAUUUCAUUAAAUGUUGAAAUGUUUAUCAUUGUGGUGAUCUUUGAUGCCAAAAAGCUUUUUUUGGAUGUUUGAAAGAGUUGUGAAAUAGUAACUGAUUUGUACCUCCUUGGUAGAAUGCUGCGGGCAACCGGAUAAUGAAGACUCUUAAGAGAGCUACGGAUGGAAUAUUCGCAGAUGCCCCUUUUAAUAUCCCUGAUGUCUCAGAGUACAAUCAUAUAUAUUAUGUGCUGUAGAAAUUCCACAAUUAUUCAAUGUUAGCAUCUAUUAAUUGACUGAUAUUGUGCAACUACCCUUCGUUGAUCAAUUGAUUUUAUGAUUUACUUAAACAAUACAUUAUAAUAAGACAUACUAAUAUCAUACCUGGUGUGUUUUUAUUUUAGAAUGGGUGUGUGGCGGAUUGUGGCUCAUUACCAAGGAGAUGAAAAGAAUGCUGUUACUCGAGAAUUUCAAGUCAAGAAAUUUGGUUAAUAUUUUCUCUUUUUAUCUGCUUUGCUCAACUUACUCUCUAUUUACCAUUUGAAUAUUUCAAGUUUAAAGCCAAUCUUUCUGAAAAUAUUUGACUUAAAUUGUAUUCAUGCUAUUAUUUAUACAUUUUCUUACACAUGGAGAAAGGAUAAGAAAUGUUUUGUUGUUCUGAACAUGUUUUGUUUUAGUGCUGCCAAGCUUUGAGGUGACCGUCAAACCUGAGCAAAGCUACUUUCUGUUGAACACUGAGCAGUUCACCUUCACGAUCUCAGCCAAGUACGAUUUAAUCCUGAUAUCAACUGUUUCCCCACAUUUACUACAUCUAGUUCCUUACAAUUUGUCACGAUCGUCAGGGAGAGAAGUAGACCAAUGCGCAGCGUGAUGAACGAACAUGUUACUUUAUUUAAUAAAGCACGAAACAAAACAAUAAACGACUCGUAACGUCCUUGGUAACAAUGACCAACACGGAACAAAAACCCACAAACACAAAGGAAAAAACAGACAGUUUAAAUAUGGCUCCCAAUCAGAGACAACCAGUCAACAGCUGACACUCGUUGCCUCUGAUUGGGAGUCACUCAGGCAAACAUAGAAAUACAACAUAUAGACUAUCCACACCCUGGCUCAACAUAUAGAGUCCCAGAGCCAGGGUGUGACACAAUUACAUGUAACUUUAGUUCUGGCUAUGUGGUUCUCAUUGAGCCAUUUGUCCAAGUGCAAGUCCUCUAAAUGUUUAUCAAAUCUAUUAAUAUGUUAUAGAACGUGGCCAUAUUUAUCAGUUGGUCUGACUACACUGUAUUUUCCCCAAGGUACUCCUAUGGUGAGAGUAUACAGGGAGCUUUCCACUGCCGGUUUGGAGUGAAGGAGAAAACACAGGGUCCGGAUGGUGAAAAAGAGAAGACUGUCUUCAUCAGAGGAUUGGAGCUGACUGGAUCGGUGAGAGGAUAAAUGUGGCAUAUUUCAAUCAAAAUAUCUGUACUCUGCGAUCAGAGAAGAAGACUCACAAAGCCUAAAGCUCUGGGCGCUCUAAUGGACAACACUAUAGUGGCAGCCAACCUAUUUCUACAUAAAGUUACAACAUUUUGUUUUAAGCAAUGCUUGAGUUAUGGUUUGACUUAAAACCUGUCGCUUGCCUUUUUCUCUCAGAUACAAGCUGGAGAAGGGUCAGCGGUUCUCCAGACAUCCAAGCUCGUCGAGCAACUCCAAUCCAACCUCAACACCACCCUCUCAGACAUGGACCAGAGCGAAGCAAAGCUUUACAUGGCGGUGUCUGUCACUGACAUCAUCAGUAAGGCAGCAGUUGUUGUUCUUAGUUAAAGCAAGAAUAGACUUUUGAAAUGUGAUACAGUCAUACAGUAGGUACAAGACGACUAAACGAUAUUGGUACUGUACUGUCUUUGUACCUUCACCAGGUGGUGAGCUGCAGGAAGCAGAGGUGUCUCUUCCUGUUGUUUCCAAGCGUUACACUGUAGACCUGUCCCGUACCCGCUCUCACUACAUCCCUGGAGUCCCUUUCAGUGUUGUGGUAAGCCUCAAUUUGGAUGACAGAGAUACGUUAGAUAGAACAAUGUCUAUCUGUGAAAUGAUGUACUGUAUAUUUGUUUGUCCGGUAAUCUGUUAGGUGGUGGUACGUCUCCCAAAUGGUUCCCCAGCUGUUGGAGAGCCAGUGAAAAUGCAUCUGAAAAAUCUCCAGGAUGGCGCCCAAACUAUCAAGACUAACGAGGAGGGCGCAGUGUGGCACGAUUUUAACCUUCCCAAUUAUAAUCAUGACAUUACUGUGGAGGUAAGUAUAACAAAAUAGUCCAAAUAAAACAUACAUUAAUCUGAAGCUUCUAGCAGUAGCUUCAAGCAAUACAGUAUAGUCUGUAAACAAAACACUGAAGAAAUCAUAUGAAACUAAAGGCUUCGGAUCAGAUUGUUUCUUCUUUCAUCCCAUGUUUCCCGUCAGGUGACCGUAGAUGGCCAGAAAGAAACCAAAGACGUCAAAUGUGCCUCGUCUCCUGGCAACACCUAUCUGAGCGUGAGCGUGAGCCAAGAGAUUCUGACGGCGGGUCAAUCCCUUUCUGUGACAUUCAAAGUCUUGAAUGGGUCUCCAGAGGAUGGGUUUAUUUACUAUAUGGUGAGAGAUAUCACAAGGAACAGGACAUGGUGGAAAAGUUAUAUAACUGAGAGGAGAAACAAUCACUUUUCUGUUUUUGUAAUCCUCAGGUUUUCAGCCGUGGAGUGCUAAGAAAACAGGGUUCUGUCAAAUCAGGGGAUUUAACAAAGAUUCUGCUUCCAAUCACGCCUGAUAUGACACCCUCCUUCCGUCUGAUUGGCUACAACUAUGAUCAGAAUGGUGACAUCAUUGCUGACUCUGUGUGGGUAGACGUCAAGGACAUUUGUGAGGGGACGGUCGAGGUGAGUGAACAGUGACUGGAGUAGAUCAGCGUCAGCGUUGACAGAGAGAGUUCUUGAUGGUCAGACACUAAUAUGGCCAGAGAACACGAAGAAAGAGAAAUAAAGUGUUGCCGACUGUUAAUAAGUUACAAUUCAGUUCAGAGUAAUUUACUAAUUAUAUAUAUUUGAUGUUAUCAUCCUAAUUUAUUCCUAUGUAUAUUUAUAUGAUCUAGGUAAAGUCAAAAUAUGAAUAUCAACCAGGAAAAACGGCAAAGCUGGAGAUAAACUUAAAUGGUCAGAAGGCCAAUGUUGCCUUGCUGGCUGUGGACAAGGCUAUCUAUGCUCUCAACGCCCACAACAAACUCACCCCCAAACAGGCAAGCUACUCAUUAUUUUUUAUUUUUUUAUUUUUUUAGGGGAUAGAUCAGCUUUAAUAUUGCAGAUAGAUUGUAGCUUCCAUCAAUGUAAUUGUCUGCAUCAUUUCCAAUCCCCCAUAUAUUUUUUUGUAAAUAUACAGGACCAGUAAAAAGUUUGGACAAACCUACUCAUUCCAGGGUUUUUCUUUAUUUUUACAAUUUUUUACAUUGUACAAUAAUAGUGAAGACAUCAAAACGAUUAAAUAACACAUAUGGAAUCAUGUAGUAACCAAAAAAGUGUUAAACAUAUCAAAAUAUAUUUUAUAUUUUAGAUUCUUAGCCACCCUUUGCCUUGAUGGCUAGUUGAAGAAUCUAAAAUAUAAAAUAUAUUUUGAUUAACACUGUUUUGGUUACUUCAUGAUUCCAUAUGUGUUAUUUCCUAGUUUUGAUGUCUUCACUAUUAUUGUACAAUGUAGAAAAUAGUACAAAUAAAGAAAAACCAUUGAAUGAGUAGGUGUGUCCAAACUUUUGACUGGUACUGUAUAUAUAUACAGUGAGGGAAUAAAAGUAUUUGAUCCCCUGCUGAUUUUGUACGUUUGCCCACUGACAAAGAAAUGAUCAGUCUAUAAUUUUAAUGGUAGGUUUAUUUGAACAGUGAGAGACAGAAAACAACACAAAAAUCCAGAAAAACGCAUGUCAAAAAUGUUAUAAAUUUCUUUGCAUUUUAAUGAGGGAAAUAAGUAUUUGACCCCUCUGCAAAACAUUACUUAGUACUUGGUGGCAAAACCCUUGUUGGCAAUCACAGAGGUCAGACGUUUCUUGUAGUUGGCCACCAGGUUUGCACACAUCUCAGGAGGGAUUUUGUCCCACUCCUCUUUGCAGAUCUUCUCCAAGUCAUUAAGGUUUCGAGGCUGACGUUUGGCAACUCGAACCUUCAGCUCCCUCCACAGAUUUUCUAUGGGAUUAAGGUCUGGAGACUGGCUAGGCCACUCCAGGACCUUAAUGUGCUUCUUCUUGAGCCACUCCUUUGUUGCCUUGGCCGUGUGUUUUGGGUCAUUGUCAUGCUGGAAUACCCAUCCACAACCCAUUUUCAAUGCCCUGGCUGAGGGAAGGAGGUUCUCACCCAAGAUUUGAUGGUACAUGGCCCUGUCCAUCAUCCCUUUGAUGCGGUGAAGUUGUCCUGUCCCCUUAGCAGAAAAACACCCCCAAAGCAUAAUGUUUCCACCUCCAUGUUUGACGGUGGGGAUGGUGUUCUUGGGGUCAUAGGCAGCAUUCCUCCUCCUCCAAACACGGCGAGUUGAGUUGAUGCCAAAGAGCUUGAUUUUGGUCUCAUCUGACCACAACACUUUCACCCAGUUCUCCUCUGAAUCAUUCAGAUGUUCAUUGGCAAACUUCAGACGGGCAUGUAUAUGUGCUUUCUUGAGCAGGGGGACCUUGCGGGCGCUGCAGGAUUUCAGUCCUUCACGGCGUAGUGUGUUACCAAUUGUUUUCUUGGUGACUAUGGUCCCAGCUGCCUUGAGAUCAUUGACAAGAUCCUCCCGUGUAGUUCUGGGCUGAUUCCUCACCGUUCUCAUGAUCAUUGCAACUCCACGAGGUGAGAUCUUGCAUGGAGCCCCAGGCCGAGGGAGAUUGACAGUUAUUUUGUGUUUCUUCCAUUUGCGAAUAAUCGCACCAACUGUUGUCACGUUCUCACCAAGCUGCUUGGCGAUGGUCUUGUAGCCCAUUCCAGCCUUGUGUAGGUCUACAAUCUUGUCCCUGACAUCCUUGGAGAGCUCUUUGGUCUUGGCCAUGGUGGAGAGUUGAUUGAUUGAUUGCUUCUGUGGACAGGUGUCUUUUAUACAGGUAACAAGCUGAGAUUAGGAGCACUCCCUUUAAGAGUGUGCUCCUAAUGGAAGCCAGAAAUCUUUCUGGUUGAGGGGGUCAAAUACUUAUUUCCCUCAUUAAAAUGCAAAUCAAUUGAUAACAUUUUUGACAUGCGUUUUUCUGGAUUUUUUGUUGUUAUUCCGUCUCUCACUGUUCAAAUAAACCUACCAUUAAAAUUAUAGACUGAUCAUUUAUUUGUCAGUGGGCAAACGUACAAAAUCAGCAGGGGAUCAAAUACUUUUUUUCCCUCACUGUACAAGCUCCUAUUUACUGAAGAAUAAUAAUAUAUACUGUCUCCUCCACAUUAUUUCCUCUAAAACUCACUCCUUUUAAUUUACAGGUAUAAAUAUAUUGUAUGAAAUAAAGACCAAACGGCUCUUUUUGACUAAUAGUGUGAAAAUGUGUGUGCCGUUCACAGGUAUUCUCGUCGAUGCAGUCCUAUGACCUUGGUUGCUCAUACGGUGGAGGCUCAGAUACAGCCUCUGUGUUCAACGACGCUGGCCUGUCAUUCAUAUCCAACUCAGGAGUGAAGUCUAAGAUGAGGAUUGGUAUGACGAGCAUUGUGUGAUUAAACAUACAUCUGUCUAGUGUCUACACUACUUUAUCUCUGGUCCACAGUUUUUGAAUGAUGUUCUCUGGUAUAGGGUUAAAAUUCCUUUAGGGGGUAGACAACUUAACAUUUCACAGACUUGGAUCCACUCAACUAGACAUGACAUUGGCAGGGACUUAACGGCCAACAUUCAACAUCAAGAAAAAAGACGAAUAAAAGGAGAAAAAAAAACACUCAGACGUACACACAUUUCAACAAAACAUUAAUGACGUCAUACUUGCUCAAAACCUACAUGUUCCCCCAAUGUGCUGAUAUUACAUGUUGAUGUUUUGAUAUGAUCGUCUUCACCCUACUGUACGUCUGUUUGUCUUAGGAUUGAACUGUGAGUCAGGCUUCAGACGACAGAGGCGUUCCCUGGACCUCCAGCAGCAGAUGAUGUCCAUAAGUAUUACAACGUUACUUUUCUCUAAUUGUCUCUAGCUGCUGGCUGAGGCGGUGGGAGAGGGUGUUUGUCAGUCCUGGCAGGUACGAACUAAAACCUUUUGUCGCCCCCUCACCAUCUCUCACUCCCAGAAUCGAGUUACUCAGACGCCAAGCUGCAGGAGUGUUGUUCUCAUGGCUUCACCCUGAUCCCCAUGCUGAAGACGUGUCAGCAGCGAGCCGAGAGAGUGGCACGAGCCAAUAAGGACCCAGUCUGUGUCAAGGCCUUCCUGGACUGCUGCAUAGAGGGAGAGAAACUGAGAGAGAAGAAGAGACGAGACGACGCCCAGACAGGACAUGGCAGGAGUGAGGAUGACUUGAUUGUUGGGGAUAUUACCGUUAUAACAUGUAUAACAUUGUAACAAAAUGAUAAGAACCACUAUUCUUUAGACAGACAUGGGAAUAUUGAAACAAAAUAUCUGACUUGUUCUAAUUUAAUUCAAUGAGAAAACGAUCUUAAAAGGUUGUAUUAUGGUGACUCCCUUGGUCUGCACUCUCUCCUCUCAGCUGCGAGUGCCACAGACGUCGAAGACUUCUUUGACACAACCAAUCAGCAAAUACGCAGAAGCUUCCCCCCAAGCUUUGUGUUCGCAGUGGUCAAUAUAAAAGACAAAGGAAUGUGAGGACAUUCAGACAUUUAGACACACAGUAUAUUGGCGCCUUGUGUCUGAAACACUGUUGUAAUUUGUCUCUCUCUCUCUGUCUCCCUUAGUCAUAUUGUGGCUCUGCCUGAUUCCAUCACCACCUGGGAGAUACAGGCUGUCAGCUUGUCUGCUUCUCAUGGUAACAUCCUCCUCCUCGAUUGGUUCUUAUUCCUGUACCUAGAUAGUAAGGAACCUGUGGUGACAUUCUGGAGAGUAAUGCAUAUGUCUGUGUAUGACCUUCCUGCAGGCAUUUGUGUGGCAGAACCACAUGAGUUCCGUGUGUUUAAGGAGGUUUUUGUCUCUCUGAGGCUGCCGUACUCGGUCAAAAGAUUUGAGCAAAUGUCUAUUGUUCCUAUUGUCUACAACUACGGGAACCAGAAUGCACAGGUAGAGUAAAUAACUUUCUAAAGUACUGCAGUUUUAUACUUCAGAAGCAUAUACAGAAACACCAAAUGCCAUACAGCUGAUGGACCACCUUCCUCCCUGUCAGAUUGCACUCCACAUGGAGCGAAAUGACAAGCUCUGUUCGCCUGGAUCCAGUUCCAUCAAAACCUAUGUCAACAUCACUGUGGAUGCCCACUCCUCCAAAGCCGUCACUUUCUCUGCAGUACCCAUGGAAACCGGCCCUAUACCCAUCAUAAUACGCCUUUAUGACAUAGAGAAUGAGGAUGGCACGGAUGCUAUUGAAAAGAUUCUGAAUGUUAGAGUAAGUAUACGAAAAAAAGAGAGUGAAAAAGUACUACUACAAAAAUAUCUGAGGAUCCAUUACUGUAAAGGUACUGCAUGUAUGUAAUAUAAUAGUUUCUCAUAUUUUAGACGGAGGGAAUAGAGAAGAGAGUGGAGGAAACUCAUUUAGUUGACCUGAGUGGCAAUAUUGGUGAGCUUGCUAACAUAAUAUCUAUGAUAACUACAUUUUGUUCACGGAAUAGUUUAUGACAUAAAAGCACCAACCAGCUUCUCUCGUUCUCUGUUGUCAGGGAAGAGUAGCAAAUCUUUCAUGAUUGACGGAAAGUUACCAGACAACACAGUUCCUGGCUCCAACACCAAUAUCUUCGUCAAGAUGGAAGGUCUGACUCAUUUGCCCUCCAGUCAUUUCUCUUCACAAAAAUAUUGUCAGUUUAAUAUCCAUUUUCAUCCAUUCCCCAGGGGAGGUGUUUGGCCAGUCCACUGCCAGGACCCUGCUCUCUCCCGAUGGGGUUAAAGGCUUGCUCAAAGCUCCUCAUGGAUGUGCAGAGCAGACUAUGAAACGUAUGGCUCCCACAGCCCUGGCCCUCCGCUACCUGGACCUGAGCCAGCGUUGGUAUGAGCUGACCCCUGGCAUCAGAGAUACGGCCCUCCAGUUCACAGAGCAAGGUGUGAGAGAACUAUAAUGAAGAUGCUUUAUUUUAAUUUAUAGUAAGAAACACAAAAUCCAAUAUUCUUUCUUCUUUGGAGGGAGGGAGGGAGGGGGGGUCUUCUUUUUUCUUGGUGUAGGGGGGGGCGGGGGGGAGGGAGGGAGGGAGGGAGGUCGCGAGCCGGGAGAGAGUAGGAGAGAGAGAGAGGAGAGAGCUGCGUAGCUCUCUCGCUCUCUCUGAGAACUCUCUCUCGCUCUCUCGAGCAUCGAACUCACUACUCUUUCUCUCACGUUCGUUGUCUCUCCUCUCUAUCUGCUCGAGAUCUCUCUCCUCUCUCUCUAUCUCUCUCUAUCUCUCUUCUCUCUAUCUCUCUCUCCUUACUUUAUUUAUCUCUCUUCUCUCCUCUCUCUCUCUCUCUCUUUAUUUAUUUCUCUCUCUAUCUCUCUGUCAGGCUAUAUGAGAAUUUUGACGUUUAAAAAGGGUGAUGGAUCGUAUGGAGCUUGGACGAGCCAUCCAACCAGUUACUGGUCAGUACAUCUCUCUUUACGUUGCUUGUUUUUGUUGUACUGUAGUUUUCUGGCUGUCUGGAACAAAAGUCUGUACACACUGCAACUCUCCAGGACUGGAGCUGGCCGAUCCUAUCAUAGUGUUUGAUACCCUUCCUCUCUAGGCUGACGGGCCUUGUUGUGAAAGUGAUGUCUCUGGUGGCAGAACUUCAGAAUUCAGGCAGAGGAGAGAAGGGGAGACAGGCACAGGGUGUGUCUGAGGAGGAAAUCAGUCAUUCAGUCAGAUACCUCCUGGUUAAACAGAAGGAGGAUGGAUCAUUCUCGGACCCUAACCCAGUAAUACACAGGGAAAUGCAGGUAAAGGAUUAUUCAAAACACUUGCCAUACUACGUCAAUUGCACACAAGGUCCAACCGAAAUUUGACUUCCGCUUUUAACCCAACCCCUCCGAAAGACACACAUACAUAGACAGGUUUUGGAGAGGUGUGGCGGGGCUUCCACACUGGGCGCCUGGGGAGCUGUUGUUGUGUGGGUGUUAAGUGCCUUGCUCAAAAGCACAAUAGCAGGCAAUGGCAUCUAGGAUUUGAUACCAGCAACCCUCCGGUUGCCAGCUCACUUCCUGAUAGAUUUUUCCAGUCAGACACAGGACUUGAACUGGCAACCCUACUGUAUUUCAACAGUGGUGUUUUCUCUUUGUCUCUAGGGAGGCAUUGGAGGGAUAGAGGGAGAUGUGUCCAUGACUGCUUUCAUAACUGUGGCUCUAAAUCGCUCCCUCCCUUUCCUGACAGAAAACAAGGACCAGAACAAUACGGUAAGAUAGGUGGACAUAUUUCCUUACUAAUUCAGAAGUGUUUAGUAUAGUGUACUAUUUUAUAGUGUUACCAAUUAACCGAUUUCAACCUAAUCAUCCGUCUAUAUCAUCCGUCUAUAUCAUCCGUCUCCAUCCUGGAGAAAAAACAACAACAUUUGAUACAAUCAUCAAAUACUUCUCUUUUUAACCAGAAUGGCUAGCUGCUUUGUGUUUUUGUGUGUGUGUAGAAAGACAGCAUCGUCAAAGCCACAAACUACCUGCUCUCACGUGUCGAGGGGCUACAGAGGCCCUACGCUGUGGCCAUAACAGCCUACUGCCUGUCAGUCUGUCUGUCUGACCGGACAAAGGCUGAGCCUGCCUGGGAAAAACUCAAAGGACUAGCAACUGAAGGUAUAUAUCCUAGUCCUAUUACACCACUAUUGUAGGUCAAAAUGGUGUGGGCUGAUGGGGGAUUGCUACUAACAUUGAUAUUAUUUGACUCCUCUUGACAGGGAAAGAUCAUUGCCAUGGGUGGUAUGCUAACGCUGGAAUGGUGAAUGAGGAAAAUAAACGUUAUGUACCGACAACAGAGGCCAUAACAGUAGAGACUACAGCCUACGCCCUGUUAACUGCAGUGGCUCAUAAGGACACAAUGUGGGCAGACUCUGCAGCCUGCUGGCUGACUUCACAGGAGAACUAUGGAGGAGGCUUCAAGUCCACACAGGUGAGGUGAGAUACAGUGCAUUCGGAAAGUAUUCCGAUCCCUUGACUUUUUCCACAUUUAGUUACAUUACAGCCUUAUUCUAAAGUGGAUCUACACUUGGGCCUCCAGAGUGGCGCAGUGGUCUAAGGCACUGUAUCGCAGUGCAAGCUGCGUUACUACAAGUCCUGGUUCGAUACCGGGCUGUGUCGCAGUCGGCCACGACCGGGAGAACCAUGAGGCGACGCACAAUUGGCCAAGUGUCGUCCGGGUUAGGGGAGGGUUUGGCCGGCCGGGAUGUCCUUGUCCCAUCGCGCUGUAGCGACUCCUGUGGCGAGCCGGGCACAUGCACGCUGACACGGUCGCCAGGUGUACAGUGUUUCCUCCGACACAUUGGUGCGGCUGGCUUCAGGGUUAAGCGUGCAUUGUGUCAAGAAGCAGUGCUGAUUGGCGUGGUUGUGUUUUGGAGGACGCACAGCUCUCGACCUUCGCCUCUCCCGAGUCCAAACAGGAGUUGCAGCGAUGGGACAAGACUGUAACUACCAAUUGAGGAGUAAAUAAAAAAUAAUACAUCUACACUCAACACACCAUAAUUACAAAACAAAAACAGGUAUUUUGAAAUGUUUGCAAAUGUAUAAAAAAAUUAUAUAUGUAUCACAUUUACAUAAGUAUUCAGACCCUUUACUCAGUACUUUGGUGAAGGACCUUUGGCAGCGAUUACAGCCUUGAGUCUUUUUGGGUAUGACGCUACAAGCUUGGCACACCUGUAUUUGGGGAGUUUCUCCCAUUCUUCUCUGCAGAUCCUCUCUAGCUCUGUCAUGUUGGACGAGGAGCGUCACUGCACAGCUAUUUUCAGGUCUCUCCAGAGAUGUUCGAUCGGGUUCAAGUCCGGGCUCUGGCUUGGCCACUCAAGGACAUUCAGAGACUUGUCCCGAAGCCACUCCUGUGUUGUCUUUGGCUGUGUGCUUAGGGUCAUUGUCCUGCUGGAUGGUGAACCUUCGCCCCAGUCUGAGGUCCUGAGCGCUCUGGAAUAGGUUUUCAUCAAGGAACUCUCUGUACUUUGCUCCGUUCAUCUUUCCCUCGAUUCUGACUAGUUUCCCAGUCCCUGCCGCUGAAAAACAUCCCCACAGCAUGAUGCUGCCACCACCAAGCUUCACCAUAGGGAUGGUGCCAGGUUUCCUCCAGAUGGGAUGCUUGGCAUUCAGGCCAAAGGGUUCAAUCUUGGUUUCAUCAGACCAGAGAAUCUUGUUUCUCAUGGUAUGAGAGUCCUUUAGGUGCCUUUUGGCAAACUCCAAGUGGGCUGUCAUGUGCCUUUUAUUGAGGAGUGGCUUCCGUCUGGCCACUCUACCCUAAAGGCCUGAUUGGUGGAGUGCUGCAGAGAUGGUUGUCUUGUAAGGUUCUCCCAUCUCCACAGAGGAACUGCGGAGCUCUCUCAGAGUGACCUCCCUGACCAAGGCCAUUCUCCUCCGAUUACUCAGUUUGGCCAGAUGAUCAGCUCUAGGAAGAGUCUUGGUGGUUCCAAACUUCUUCCAUUUAAGAAUGAUGGAGGACACUGUGUUCUUGGGGACCUUCAAUGCUGCAGAAAUGUUUUGGUACCCUCCCUAGAUCUGUGCCUCGACGCAAUCCUGUCUCGGAGCUCUACGGACAAUUCCUUCCACCUCACGGCUUGGUUUUUGCUCUGACAUGCACUGUCAACUGUGGGACCUUAUAUAGAGAGGUGUGCCCCUUUCCAAAUCAUGUCCAAUCAAUUGAAUUACCUCUGGUGGACUCCAAUCAAGUUGUAGAAACAUCUCAAGGAUCAUCAAUGGAAACAGGAUGUACCUGAGCUCUAUUUCGAGUCUCAUAGCAAAGGGUCUAAAUAUUUAUGUAAGUAAGGUAUUUCUGUUUCUUAUUUUUAAUAAAUGUGCAAAAAUGUAUAAAAACCUGUUUUCGCUUUGUCAUUAUGCGGUAUUGUGUGUAGAUUGCUGAGGAUUUUAUUUUAUUUAAUCCAUUUUAGAAUAAGGCUGUAACGUAACAAAAUGUUGAAGAGUCAAGGGGUCUGAAUACUUUCCGAAUGCACUGUACUGAUGGAGAGCUGAACAAUGCCUAAACAUGAUGUGGUUGCUUCAUUGCCUCCUAGUGGUAAUAGUUUCCUUGUUCAUAGUUAGAAUGUUUUGCUAGUUUUCCGCCUUCAUAUUCAGUCAAAUAAUACUGAUACAGUGACCCAGGGGUUAUAGUCCCUCUCAUUGAGAGUCGAUGGAACAUUUACGUUCUACACCAUUUGGUAGAAAUAACAUGUUAAAUGUCUACCUUUAAUUUGUAUCCAUUCUAUGCAUUCAUCAUAAUGUCUUUAGGAUACUAUAGUAGCUUUGGAGGCUCUCUCUGAGUAUGCACUGAACAGGCCCCAACCGCCCAUCACAGAAGUGAAGGUACAGUUCACUAGUCCAGGGAAGAGCGACGUUCAGAAGCUGUCAUUGGACAACAAGGGGGAGAAAGUAGAAACAGAGCUGAAGGUAUACCACUCCAACAGUCACACACACACACACAUGCACACACACACACACACACACACACACACACACACACACACGUAUACACACACGUAUGCACACACACUCACACAUACACACGCAUGCACACACAUUCACACACACACACACACACACACACACGCAUGCACACACACACGCAUGCACACACACUCACACACACACACACGCAUGCACACACACUCACACACACACGCAUGCACACACACUCACACACACACACACAUACUCACAGACACACGUAACUCUCUCUCUCUGUCUCUACUCCCCCAGAAACUGAUUGGUAAUGCUAUCAUUAACGUAGCGCUAACGGGACAGGGAAAAGCCAAGAUGAAGGUGGGAGUCUUUAUCAUCAAAACAGAUUUAUUGAUGUUCAUUCAAACUGGUAACAUAUUGAUCUGUCUGGCAGGUUACGAAGGCUUACCAUCUACUGGACACCUCAGACGACUGUAACCUUCUGUCAAUCACAGUCAAAGUAGAGGGGAAAGUAGAGUACACUGGUGAGCGUGCAACACUGAUCCAACACUCCCUUUACUCCAGGUUAGGAUGUGUGUGACUGAGUUAUGAUAACACUUUGUUUCAUCAGCCCAGAUUGUUGAAGACUACAACGACUACGGAGACGGAGACGGAGAGAAAAGGGAGGAAGAGGACGUCCCCCGAUCAGCGAUUGAGUGGUUCGAUGCUCGCAGCAGACGCAGGAGAGAUACUCAGGAAAGCCGGAAUUCCCAAAAUGCUGUUGAAUACGAAGUCUGUGUCAGGUCAGUUAAACAGAGACUGAACUGAUUCUGUCAUGAAUAUAUAAAUCACAACAGAUUUGUGACUGGGAUGAAUAUCUUCUGACGGCAUAGGAGAUAGGGCACUGCUUUUUCAGUAAUCUAACUAACUUGUAUUCUUUAGUCAUAGUCUGAGCAGGAACCUCACAGGAAUGGCCAUAGCUGACAUCACACUGCUCAGUGGCUUUGAAGCAGACACUGAUGACCUGGACAAGGUAAAUCAUCAUUGACAUCAUCAUCGGUAUCAGCAUCAAAUCCUUCAUCAUCCCCAAAUUGAAAUGAUCAAUCAAAUAGGAAUAGGAAUUAUAGAUAUUAACAUUGGAUGGGCCUUUCUGGCUUGGACAAAGCUUACUUACUUAUUUAAUUUAAUUUGUAUAUUCAAUAUUUAGUCCCUUUCUCCCUUCCCCCUUGUCAUCCCUUGAUCAUUCCUUCCUCUCUCCCUCUGUCUCUAAUUGUUUUCUCUCCACAGCUAAAGAACCCGGAUGAACAGUACAUCUCUCACUAUGAGGUCUCACAUGGCAAAGUGCUGUUGUACUUCAAUGAGGUGAGACUCAAACAGACAUAAAUACACAAGCUACUCAGUAGAACAGUGUGAAAGCUAAAAGGGCUUUUUUCUCUCUCUGUCCAGUUGGAGGAAAGGGAGUGUGUAACAUUCAGGGCUGUGCAGACAGUACUGGUAGGUUUACUGCAGCCUGCUCCAGCCACAUUCUAUGACUACUAUGAACCAGGUAUGCAAGGCUUUCUUUUCAUAUUUCUUCUGUACUUUUUUUUUUCUUGAUUGAUCUUUUGUCUCUGUCAAAUAGUCUUCUGAUUAUUUUAGCCAUCACUAAACAAUCAAGCAUAAUUUGACUACUCUAAAUAGGAGAGCGCGAGCCGAGAAGAGAGAGAAAAAAAGAAGAGAGAGAAAGGGAGAGCAAGAGAAAACAGAGAGAGAGAGAAAGAGAGAGAGAGGAAGGGAGAGAGAGAGAAGAGAGAGGAGAGAGAGCGAGAGAGAGGGAGAGAGAGAAGAGCAAAGAAGAAAAAGAGAGAGAGAGAGAGAGAGAAAGAGAGACAAAAAAAAAGAGAGCGAGAGAGGAGAGAAAAGAAAAAAAGGAAGAAGAGAUAAAAAGAGAGAGGGAGAGAAAAGCGAGAGAUAAAAGAGAGAUCUAGAAGACAGAGAAUCGAGAUAGCUAGAAGAGAACAUGCAGACUAGAAUGCGGGGAAACGAAGAAAAAUAAGCGAUAAGAUGAGCUCUCUAGUGGAGAGAAGUACCUGAUCUCAGAUAUCUAGAAUCACGCUCGCCUGAUCUCUCGCUCUCUCUCUCGCUCUCUCUCCUCUCUCCCCCUCUCUCUCUCUCCCUCUCUCCCCCUCUCUUUCUCCUGUCGCUCUCACUCUCCUUUCUCUCUCUCUCUCUCUCUCGCUCUCGCUCUCACACACACACACAAUCACAGACAGAAAGUGUACUACUUUCUAUGCUGCACCAAACAGAAGCAAGAUGGUUUCAACCCUGUGUGCAGGGGAUGUGUGCCAGUGUUCAGAGAGUAAGUUGUUAUUUCCAUCACUAUCACAUCACCAACACAUUCUCUCAGUUAUCCUAUUGAAGUAUUCUCUUAUAGGCGGGAUUUGCACUUUUGGGACUAUUCCAUUGGUUCUGGAUUCAUUGGUUAUGACACUAAAGAAACUCCCAUUGUUUCUCUAGGGCCCUGCCACAAAGAGAAGGAGACUUUUGGACCACUGAAGCUAGAGAAGAAAGAUCGUUUUGAACAUGCUUGCUAUUCCCCCACUGUGGAUUACGGUCAGUAGACAAUUUAGCUAUGAGUGUGACACAGAAGUCAAUAAUUUAACAUUUACAGUAUGGGACAAAUAAGGUGAAGCUAGUAAUUCGUUUUAAAUCUGGUUGCUUUAGGUUUCAUUGUCCAAGUCAUCAGUAUAUCUGUGAAGAGUAACUUUGAACUCUACACCACUAAUGUGACUCAAGUCCUUCGAGCCAGUAAGUAAUAAUACCGUUAUUACAUCCUGACCUGAGAUCUGUGUCUGUAACUUGAAUUGUCAUGAAGACGUAACACCAUAGACAGUACAUUUACUUCUUUCUACGGUCUCUGGUAACUCUGUGUAUUACAGAAGUGAUCCUGACGUAACACCAUAGACAGUACAUUUACUUCUUUCUACGUUCAUGGUAACUUUGGUAACUCUGUGCCUCUUUCUGCCAGCUGGAGAUGUGAAGCUGGAGGAGAGCACAGUGCGAGUGUUCGCCAAGAGGCUCCAGUGUAAAGGACAGCUAGAGACAGGGAAGAAAUACCUCAUCAUGGGUAAAGAUGGCGCCACCACCGACUCUAAUGGCCAGUAAGUUCUGUAUAUGAUGUCAUAAGACAACUGAAGAUGUGUUUCCCACUAAGGUCCUACUCUGUGAAAAUUGGACCUCCCUGGUAAUUGUCUCACCAUUUCUCUGUUUGUCUUUUAGGAUGCAAUACCUUUUGGAAUCAAAUACCUGGAUUGAACAAGUGCCUGAUGGGAAAAAGUGCAAAGGAUCUAACAACAGGCCUACUUGCAAAAAAUUUGAUGACUUUGUAUCUGAGUACAUGUUGAAUGGCUGCACCCAGUGAUUGGGUCACUGACAUGCUAACAUACAUACUCAACACAUCAUCUACAAAAUGAAAACAUGUAAUCGAGUCAUAUAAUUCAGUACUUGUAACAUCCACUUUCAAUAAUUCUCAAGAUCAAUAAAAUGGCAUUUCAACCACAACA